GGCCCACCUAGCUCUAGGCGCCGUAAUCUUCUUAUCUCCUUUAUUAUCUGUCUUCCUCUCUCUCUCUCUCUCUCUCUUUCUCUCUCUUUUAUUUUUUUAUUUUUUCAUUUUUUUCUGCCCUGUCUCGUUUCUUUUCCUUCUCUAUACCGUCUGACCAACUUCAUUCUCUCGUUCGACAACGAUAUCCCCUACCCACCACCCCCCCAGGACGGACUUGCGAGUCGUGCUGCACUCUAGGACGCCAAUGAGACCAGCGGGUCACCCACAACCUCCCACAAGCAGCUUACCGCCGCUGCGCUCGCCCGCCACGCUCGGCGUCGAGCAGAUCUUCGAGGCUCUCGACAACCUCCAAGAGCUGUACUGUCCUGUCUCGCUGUCGCGAGCUGUCAAAUCGCAACUCGCCCGUGAAAAAUCGCACGACGAUCUGCCGGCCCAGCCUGUGGAUUCCGGGUACGUCUCCGAGGACGAUGGCGACGAGACCGAUGGCGAUUCGGAUAGUAUCCUUGACGUGCUGCGCGCCGACGCGUACGAGCGCAGCUUCGCCAUGCGUUGGCUGACGAAUUUUAUCGCCCGUGCGGACGAGCUGAGCCUGGGCGACGAGGAAGAGCGGGAGCGCGCCAUCGAGAAGGCAUCCGCAGUGCUCGCCUCGUUCGCCUCAGCCGCAGACGAGGACGACGAAGAAGAGGAUUCGGGGAUUACGCGUGAUUUUUCCUUCGAGCUGACGCUGGCAUCAGACGGGGCGUCGGGUGGGAACCGCGCGAAGACCACCGUAAACGUGCGCCUCCACGACGGCCCACACACGACCACAGACCAUACCGACGUCGGAUUGCAGAGCUGGGGCGGCUCCAUCGUCUUUUCAGACCUCGUGUGCGCGUCUCCCGAGCGCUUCGGCUUCACCCGCACCUCUCUCGGGCCCUCCCCGCGUGUGAUCGAGCUCGGCGCCGGCACGGGACUUGCCAGCUUCGUUCUCGCGCAGGCGCUGCCUCGUCUCGGCGUCGCGGAAGCCGCCGUCAUCGCCACCGACUACCACCCGGCCGUGCUCGCCAACCUGCAGUCCAACAUCGAUCUCGCGCAGCUGGCGGGGACGGUCCGCGCGUGCGCGCUCGACUGGUCCGCCCCCGCCUUCGACCUGCCGCGGGCGGACGUGCUCGUCGCUACCGACGUGAUCUACGCGCCCGAACACGCGGCGUGGCUCCGCGACUGCGCGUCGCGGCUCCUGGCGCCGGGGGGCGUCUUCUGGCUACUCUCGACGGUGCGUCCGAGCGGGCGCUUCGCGGCCCUCAUCGAUUCGGUCGAGACCGCCUUUCGUCACGGCUCGCCCGAGACUGAGGAGGGCCGGCAUCUAGCAAUCGUGAACAUAGAGAAUGUUGCGAAGCGUCGCGGCGUCGGCCGCGGCGACGAGAGCGGGUAUAAGCUUUUUAGAAUCGAAUGGGCGUAAACGAGAGAUGCAGCGAACACAAGACAGUACCCAUUGAGGGGUUGCUGGUAGGCUACCGAGACGGGAUAGGGUGAUUUGGUACAUAGACCUACGAUAGAGUAUAGACGGCCGGCAUAUAGACGCACGACAGGGUAUCGACAAGGAGUAGGGGGGCAUAGAUAGAUAGAAGGGAGUGAGGGGAAAACGUCACGCCGGGCAGAGCGCGCCGAUCCUCGCUUUCAUGGCCGGGCUUUUCGCAUAGAGGAACGAUAUUUGCAUAUUUUACAUAUCUUAAGUCGUUUGAAACCCUGCGUCGGAUCGCUACCGGCGUGACGUCCGAUCAUAUCCACCCUGGUUCGCAUCUUUUGCCCUCCUCGCUGGCACCGUUACCAGCGAAACGGGUCUCCUGUCGCUCAUCAUACGUUGAUCACACGAAGGACGUCUAGUCACAUGGUGUAUUGGCAUCUGAAAACGCCGGGAUCGCAGGGAGGGAUAAAGUUGCCGUAAUGGAACUUCGACGAGAAAAGGAGCAUGCAUCUGGGUCGGACUUCGGGCUUAUUUCCUCACUGAAAACG